CGGAAGGCCCAAAGAGCUCAGGGAGAUCACCAAAGAGGAAAAUUUAAGUUUUCUUAUCAUUUCUUUUCAACGAAAAUAAUAAUAAAAAUAACAAUAAAAAAUGGGUCCUUCUUCUUCACUUCGCUCAUAUGCAGCUGCAUUCUUCUUUGUGAUGCUCUUCAUCGCCUCUACUGGACCGUAUCAUAUGAAGAUGGUGGCUGCACAGGGGCGGAAGACAUGCGAGCAACAUGGCGUGCCGGGGAAAUGCACUGUGUUAACCCUGGUCCCUGAAUCAGUGUCGGCUUCUUCACGGAAGAAAUCUCCAAAGGGUUUAUUCGUCGUCGCAAUGAAGCUUCUCCAAACCCUAGGUACCAGCCGCUUGCUGCAUCGAGCCGCAGGGCGUAGAUUCUUCUCUGCGUCGACGGAGGAGUACGCCAAGAGAAAUUACGCCGACAAUGAGGCCGAAUACAACACUGUUAUCAGCUCUAUCACUGCUCAGCGAAGACAUUACUUGUUAAGGGAUGUAUAUGAUGACAUGGUGCUGGAUGGGGUAAAGCCUGAGAGGGACACGUUUCAUUCCCUGAUCCUAGGGACCAUGAAAGGCGCUCGUUUGCAGGAUGCUCUCUUUUUCAGAGAUGAAAUGAAAUCAAUGGGUCUUGUUCCAGAUGUUGGCUUAUACAACUUUUUGAUUUCUACAUGCGGAAAAUGUAAGAACUCCGAUCAAGCAAUCCGGGUUUUAGAAGAAAUGAAGAAAUUUGGAGUCAAGCCUUCUGGACAAACCUAUGUUUGUCUUCUCAAUGCAUGUGCAGCUGAAGGUCGAUUAGAUCGAGUGUAUGCAAUUGUUAGAGAUAUGACAGCAGCUGCUGUAGGAUUGAACAAGUUCUGCUACGCUGGUCUCAUAUCAGCUCACAAGAAUCAACGACCUCUAGCUGAUGAUGUUGCAUCUAAAAUUAUUGAGCUUGUUGAGCAGUCAAAGAGUUGGUCAGAGGUUGAAGCUCCAGGGGAUAUUCAUCCAAGAUUUAUGACAAUCAGUUCUGACGAAGAACUUUACAACAUGCCUACUGCGGAGUAUAUACAUCGUCGUGGAAUGUUGAAUUUGCAGUUAACUGUGUAUCAUGUUGCAUUUCAUGCUUUUGCAGACAUGAAAAAUGUGGAGGCUAUUGACAUGCUUUUGACGAUUCUUGAAAAGGAUGGGAAAACACCUGAUGUAUACAUCCUGAUGCAACUAAUGAGGUGUUAUCUACAUUCUGGAGACUUAGAUCGUGGUCUUAAGAUUUUUGAUGACUACAUGAAAUCCGGAAGAGCGUGUGUUAUAGAACUUUUUGUGGUUCUAAUAGAAGGAUCGAUGGUGGGGUAUACUACCAGGGGAAUGCAAAUUGCUCAAGAUACACUGUUAGCCUUCAAUAACAGAAAUUUUACCAUGAGCGUGAAGAUGGGUUCCGAUCUUCUUCUUGCAGCUGCUGGUGAAAAGACCGGUGUAUAUACAGUUGCCAAUAUGAUAUGGGACAUGAUGAUUGGAAAGGAAGUCACUCCCUCAUUUCGUGCGGUUGAAGCAUAUUACAAGGGGUUAUUGGCACGUGACGUUCCAAAAGAAGAUCCACGAUUGAUGCAAGUUGCUAAAAUAUUAAAUGAUGCGACAAAAAGAUUCCCAAGAAUAACCCCAAGGCCUGCAGAGUGAGUUGCCGUUGUGUACCUUCAUUCCGUGGCAAGUACUGCUUACUCAUGUUGAACUUUGGGAUCGCGAUUUUCCUCUGAUAAAAAUGGAUAACAAUAGUGUGUUUCACUAUUUCCAUUGUUUGAAGCGUUCUGAAAGCUAUCAUAAACUUCUUCCUGCUUACAGAGAUUGUUCAUUUUUUCUGGUUUUUUUUUAACACAGAAGAAAUGGUUUGUAACUUGGAAUGAUUAAUUCUAUAUGCUGUUUCCAAUUCACACUUUGAAAAGAAAAGGAUAUCCAGUCAAAAUCUUGGCCAAGU